UAAAACUUUUACUUUACAACUCUUACGCAGAUGCGCAGCAUCUUUUUGCCAACACUUUAUGUAUAUCAACUUAUCGAUAAGUGAUUUGAAUUUCAACGACAUUCUUACAGAUCUCUUUCAAACCUAAAUUCGUAGCUUGACGGACGCUCUGAUUUUACGUUUUCAUAAAAAUAAGUCAAAGCUAUAACAUGGAAUACAGCAAGCUUCCACCCUCUGCUCCACCGCCAUACUCUGAAUUAAGCGAGAUGGUCACGAAUCUUGAAUCGCCUACUGCUCCACCAAGAAAAGAUGACCAUGGAUAUGCUCCCGUUCCAGCUGAAACUCCAGUUCCAGCUGUAGCUCCAAUUCCAGCGGUACCUCCAGUUCAAUCCCCUCAGCUCGUCAAUGUGAUGAAUCAGACUAUUGUGAUUGACAGUGCCGGACAGGGCAUGAUAUGCCCCCACUGCAAUGCACGUGUUCGUAUGCGCGUAAAGCAUCAUGCGACUGGCAAAACUUAUUGCUUGGCAUUUUUUCUCUGUCUCUUUUUAUGCUGGCCCUGCGUUUGCGCUCCCUGUUGCUGCAACUGGUGCUACAAAACCAGCCAGUUCUGCCCCAACUGCAAUGCAUGCCUUGGCAGUUUCUAAAAAGUCAUAAAGCUUUACCGAUCGAAUAACAAAACAAACAUAAAUGAAGCUCAAAAGCAAUACCCAUACAUACACAUAUCCAUAUGUAUGCACAAUUUUUU